UUGCUUGCAAAGUGCUCAUACAGUGAAUAUUAACUGUUCAAUUUGUCGACCGCCAACGGACAGCUGGCCACCAAAACUGGAAAAACUCCCCUGUACCCUCAUUUGUAGAAAACCAAAUCAAAAGAGCUUGGAAGCAAGCUCAUUGUGCUUUUCGCUAGAUUUCUUGAUCUGGGUGGUUUUGGGUUUGGCUUUUAUUUGAGGAAAACUGGUGAGGUUGCUUCAUAGGGAAAGGGGAAGAAGAGGGGCUGAGUUCAGGAUGAAGGGGCUUUCUCAAUUGUUGCCUGUGAGCAGGACUAGAUCUCAGUCUAGGCUCCCUAGGUCUUGCUCAUUCUCAGAAAUGGAAUAUACUGAUGCAAAACCGAGGUCACAUCAUGUUCUUAGUAAAAUUCUCAUGGUUGCUGUUCUCACAGCCUUGUGCAUUAUGAUUCUGAGGCAGCCCUCCAGUUUUCACAGCAUAAGCCCGUUCUCUCGCCAUGAGCCCGGAGUGGUGCACGUGUUAGUAACUGGUGGUGCGGGCUAUAUCGGUUCUCAUGCUGCACUUCGCCUCCUAAAAGACUCCUAUAGAGUAACUAUUGUUGACAAUCUUUCCAGGGGAAAUAUUGGAGCCGUUAAAGUUCUUCAGGAGCAAUUUCCGGAGCCUGGAAGACUUCAGUUUAUUCUUGCUGAUCUGGGGGAUGCUCAAGCUGUCAACAAAAUAUUUGCAGAAAAUGCAUUUGAUGCUGUAAUGCACUUUGCAGCAGUUGCUUAUGUGGGCGAGAGCACACUUGAACCUCUUAGGUACUAUCGCAAUAUUACAGCAAACACUUUGAUGGUGCUUGAGGCUAUGGCAGCAAAUAAUGUCAAAACCUUGAUUUACUCAAGUACUUGUGCAACUUAUGGAGAACCUGAAAAGAUGCCCAUAACAGAGGACACUCCACAGUUUCCAAUUAACCCAUACGGAAAGGCCAAGAAAAUGGCGGAGGACAUUAUUUUGGAUUUUUCAAAGAGAUCAAACAUGGCUGUUAUGAUUUUAAGGUACUUCAAUGUCAUUGGCUCUGAUCCAGAGGGAAUGCUUGGUGAAUCUCCCAAACCUGAGCUAAGGGAGCAUGGGCGUAUCUCGGGUGCAUGCUUUGAUGCAGCAUUAGGAGUCAUUCCAGGCCUGAAGGUGAGAGGAACUGAUUAUGAAACUGCGGAUGGCACUUGCAUAAGAGACUAUAUUGAUGUCACCGACCUGGUUGAUGCUCAUGUUAAAGCCCUCGACAAGGCAGAAGCUAACAAAGUGGGCAUUUACAAUGUCGGCACAGGAAAAGGAAGAUCGGUGAAGGAGUUUGUGGAGGCAUGCAUGGAGGCCACCGGAGUCAAUGUAAAUGUCAAAUAUCUCAAUCGCCGACCAGGAGACUACGCCGAAGUUUACAGCGACCCAUCCAAAAUCAAUCUAGAAUUGAACUGGACUGCACAGAGAACUGAUCUGUUAGAGAGCCUUCGGGUUGCAUGGAGAUGGCAAAGAUCACAUAGAGAAGGCUAUAGCGCUCCGUUGGCUAUGGCUUUUUGAUUUUUCAUUAGUGAAAGUGUAGAUUUAGGUUUUCUACUACUUACUGUUAUUGUAGCUGAUGAGCUCAUGACUUAUUGUAUUGUUCUCUCGUAAAGAUUACAGCAAGUUAUUAUGAGGCGGUAGUGGCCUUUGUUUUUUGCUUGAAUCUUUUGGCAUGUGAUGGUAUCAAGUUACGGGAGCUUGGUUGGCUAUC